AUGCGGAUCGUGGGUGGCGUAGAUGCUCUGCCAGGGGCCUGGCCCUGGCUCGUCAGCAUCCAGAUCCCCACCCGAAUGGGCCCCCGGCAUUCAUGUGGUGGGUCCCUCAUCAGCACUCGCUGGGUCCUCACAGCAGCUCACUGCUUCAAAGCCAAGAGAAGGCUGCUCCCGCAGUGGCGUGUUGUGAUCGGUGCGUCCCAGCUCUCCCAGCGUGGCCCUGAGGCCCAGGUGCGCUCCAUCAAACAGGUGGUGCAGCAUGAGCACUACGAGCCGCGCACGGAGAGUAAUGACGUCGCUCUGCUGGAGCUCGACCAGCCCAUCGCGUGCAAUGACUACGCACAGCCCGCCUGCCUGCCCGAUGCCAUGGUGGAGGUGUCGAACCUGUCCCACUGCUACAUCAGCGGCUGGGGAGUCACGCAGGAGACAUGUGAGACCCAGGAAACAGCCGACAUCCUGCAGGAAGCCAAGGUGCAUCUCCUUGAUAUCACGACCUGUAACAGCAGCCGCUGGUACAACGGGGCCAUCGCCAGCAACAACCUGUGUGCAGGGUACGAGCAAGGAGGCAUCGACAGCUGCCAGGGCGACAGUGGUGGCCCCCUCAUGUGCACAGAGGAAAGGUCAAAGCGCUUCUGGGUUAUUGGAGUCACCAGCUGGGGGCUGGGCUGCGCCAAGGCACAGAGGCCAGGGGUCUACAGCUCCACUCAGCACUUUCAUGACUGGAUCUUGGGCAAAAGGACUCUGUACCAGCACCCAGCUCCCAUCCUGCCCGUUGUCCUUGUGGAUGGAGACUGA